AUGGCGCCCAAAUUGUCCAAAAGCGAGAAACAGAAGCUCAUUCUGACCCACCUCCGCAGUACGGGUACCUGUCACACCCUGAAGGACCUGGAAAAGACGUUGUCGAGUGUGGCCUCUAUUCCCGGCAUCCAGGUCAAAGAAUACAUCCAGGCCCUACUGGACGAGGACAAACUACGAGUUGAGAAGAUCGGCAGCGGCAACUGGUACUGGUGCUUCGAGAGUGAUGAAAAACACGAACGCGAGCGACAAUUGGCCCGGGUGAGGACGGAGGUGGAGAAGACCCGGAAAUCGUGUUCCGAUGCUGAGGCGGCUCUGGCCGCUGCAUCCACGCGGCGCCAGGAGGAGGCCGACGACGCCGGGCGUGACGGCGAACGUGAGGCACUUGCAGAGAAGAAGGCCGAGGUUGAGGCCGAGGUGAACGGAUUGCGUGCAGUCCAACAGCCCGACACCAGUAGAAGUGGGCGGCAGUUACAGCAGGAAAUCACGGAGUUCCGACAGCAGGCGAUGCAGUGGACGGAUAACGUCUACAUUCUGGAGGAGUACAUGCGCCGAUUAGCGAACGGGGACGGGGACAUUGUCGCAGCGGUGCAGCGCGAAUGCUACGGAGACGAAUACGUGGAUGGGGAGGGUCUGCGCGAGCUCUGA